GAAACUUCGCCGUGACACAUCAGAGGUAACAGAGACCCCCAGAGGUUAGCUGGCAGCACGGUGCCUCCUGCUGCUGCUGCUGCUGCUGGGACACUCUCAGCUGACCCAGGUCCCGCCUGCUCUUCUACACCCACUCAUCGCCCUCCUCCACCUCUGACCACCAGCCCCCCCACCCCCGCCCAGCCCACUGCCAGCCUGCCCCGCGGAGCCGCUGGCCACGUCUGAAAACUCGGCUUUGUACGCGACCGGACAGUGGAAGUAGCUGUUAGCCGAGAGCGGCGGGGACGAGCGGAGAGGACCGCGGGGUUGUUGGGACAGAGGGCACUGCGCGCCGGCUCCGUCUCCAGGCAGCACGGCUGAAAACAAAGCUAAAGUCCUGUCUUCUCUGCGGCAGAGGAAACACACAGCUCCACGGAGGACGGGAAAAAAAAAAGGAAAAAUCCACAUCGAGCACCGGACAGCGACAGUGAUCUGCAGCCGCCAUGCCCCGCUUCAGAGUCAGCCUCAGUACCAUGAUUUUUCUGGUGAUCCUGCAGGGCGCGGCGGUGGUGCUGUUCUGUGGCUGGUACGUCCAGCUCAGUCCCUGCGGCUCCGCCCCCUCCAAUGACAGAGUUCACGUUCUGCUGCUGUCGUCGUGGCGUUCGGGCUCUUCCUUCCUCGGUCAGGUGUUCAGUCAGCACCCAUCCGUCUUCUAUCUUAUGGAGCCUGCGUGGCAUGCGUGGACCAAGCUGCAGAAAUCCGGGGCACAUGCGCUGCGAAUGGCCGUGAGGGAUCUGGUGCGGAGCGUAUUCCGGUGUGACUUCUCGGUGAUGGACGCCUACCUUCCGGAGCAGUACAAUGUUUCCUCCUUGUUCAUGUGGAGUCAUAGUCGAGCACUGUGCUCGCCGCCGGCCUGUCCUCUCACGCCACGCAGCCACUUCAGCAACCAGACUCACUGUGCUCAGGCGUGUGAUGCCAGGGGCCUGCAGGGGGCGGAGGAGGCCUGUGGCACUUACAGCCACGUGGUGCUAAAAGAAGUGCGAUUUUUUGAGCUGGAAUCCCUCUACCCGCUUUUGCAGGACCCAAGCCUGGACCUCCGCAUCAUCCACCUGGUCCGAGACCCACGGGCUGUGAUGCGGUCCCGAGAGGAGUCAGCCAAAGCCUUUGUGAGAGACAAUGCUGUGGUCUUGGAGCAGAGAAACAUACCGGCGGGUGAGGUGCAGUAUCAGGUCAUGCAGGAGAUCUGUCGUAGCCACGUGCGGAUAAACGAGAGGGCCGUCCUGAAGCCGCCUCCAUUUCUAAAAGGCCGGUACAAAAUGGUCCGGUACGAGGACGUGGCACGCAACCCACUUGAGGAAAUAACCGCCAUGUAUGACUUUGUAGGUCUGGAUAUGACCAGACAGUUGGAGGAGUGGAUCUACACGGUGACCCAUGGAAAAGGCAAAGGCUCCUUGAAAGAGGCCUUUAAAAUCACUUCUCGAAACGCCGCCGACGUCUCCCAGGCUUGGCGCACCACGGUGCCGCACAGUAAAGUCAGACGUAUCCAGGAGGUGUGUAAAGGGGCCAUGUCACUGCUCGGGUACAGGACAGUUAACAGCGAAAAGGAACAGAAGAGGCUGGACAUCGAUCUGCUCGUGCCACGGGAACCGUAUCAGUUCAGCUGGUUACCAGCUAAAACCGAGCAUCCGAGUAAUAUUUAAAACAUGAAUGAUCAAAACCACCAAGAGACGAUAUGCUGUGGAGACAUUACUGUCUGUGUAAGUCUUUAGUGAGUGCUACCACAGAUUGACUGAUCAGCUGAGAGGACACUGGCAUGAUGUUCAAGGUUGCAGCACUGAUUUGUGACGAACACACAGCUCAGAUGUGAAAUGGCAGCGCAGCAGUGUUGUGCGACACAUUUCAUAAUGCAGCACAAACACUGGGGCCCGAAGCAAGAGGUAGCAAACAGUGUAUCACAGCAGUGUGGAGCUAAACUGGAAAUCAGGACCGGAUUCACUGCAGAUUUGCUGACGUUUUGUUGUUGCCUGAAGCCUCCACAGAAAACAAAGCAUGUCCUGAUGUUCUGAGCCACAGCAUCAGCAGUCAUGUCAGGCUCACGCGUGAUCAAACAAGUUCGGCAGCAGUCGUUAUCACACAGAUUGGCACAGCCCAACUCUUCUGAAAAGAUUUUACAACCGGGAUCAGUUUGUGUUGCACACUGUUUGCAAACGAGCCUCCGUCUUACUUUGCAUGGCCACACAUGCAAAUAUCACAGAUGGAAACAUGAGGGAGAUGACAGGUAAUUACAUGGUCUUACCUCCCUGUCUGCUGUUUGUGAAUAGUGCGCUCGCAUUGAUGUGGACUCCUCCCUGCACAAAGUGAAUACUACACAUUCUGAUAGUAGCUGCUGCCGUCAGUCAGUCAGUGUGUGCCAGAGGACUGAGGUGAAUUCACUUCAUCUGAAUCCACGUCCGUUCUAAACUGGACAUCGUGCCAGUGUCCUGAGGCCUGAUCUGUCCCAGCAGGACAGAUCCUCCCACGGGGCGAGGAUCGGUCAGCCUGAGCUCCGUGAUGUCACUUAGACAGGAUGUUUGUUCAUUUUAUGGGUGUGUACGUCCGGGGGCAGGUCGGGGAGCACAUUUACAUCGUUAGCCAUAAAACUGCAGAGUUUUGCUUAUAGCUUGAUGAACCAGAGACUGACUUUGAAUCAGCCAAGCUACACUUGUUCAGCCUGUUUCACAAAGCGGGUCUACAGCUGUCUCUAUGUAGAGUCUCUAUCACCGCGGGAAGUCCUCUCCCUCUGGAAGGGACAGAUCAAAACUGAAGAUCAAAUGAAUGGUUGAACCUUCACAAAUUCACAAAUUCAGUCAUUCACAGUCAUUUACUCUUUGCUGCCUCACGUAAAAAGUUGUCUAAUGAAACUUACAGUGCAGCUGAUUUCUGAAAGUCAGAACACACGACGGCUGUUCAGUCACUUUGGAUCCAGAUGUUUACCUGACUAACCGUAAAUCUGCUUCCUGGAUUUUACCCUUUUAUCUUUAUUGGUGUUUGUUUACAGGUGUUGUUCUUUUUUUGUUGAUUGAUUUUAUUGAUUGAUUUAUAAUUUUACAACUUAUGUAGUACUACAGUAAUUA